GGUUACAGAGAAAACUCUCGUCACAUGUUUGAUGUUUAUCAUUGCAGCCUUUUAAUUUUAACAUCAAACAUUAAACCGCUAAACCACUCGGUUAUCUAAAUAUUUGUGUAAAUAAAUAACUAAUUAUUUAUUUUGAAUUGAGUGAUUAUUCAAGUUUUAUAAUAAUGGGCAAAAAACGUGAACAUAAAAGUGAAUAUGAUGAGAACGAAUAUGAUAUCGCGCCUAAGUCUUUUAAAGAAAUUCGUGCAACUAGUACAAAAAAACGAUUAAUUAUUAUUUUAGAAAAUGCUCAGCUAGAAACCGUCAAAGUUGGAAAUAAAUAUGAACUUUUGAGUAAUGACAGACACAGUGAAAUAUUGAAGAAAAAUAAUCGUGAUCCUGGUAGUUCGAGACCGGAUAUUACACAUCAAUGUUUACUUAUGCUUCAAGAUUCUCCAUUAAAUAAAAAUGGAUAUUUACAAAUUUAUGUACAUACUGAAAAAAAUGUAUUGAUGGAAAUUCACCGGCAAACUAAAAUACCAACCGAUUUUGAUGAAUUUGCAGAAUUAAUGGUAUAUCUUCUACAUAAAAAUAAAGUAAGAGCAUCUAAGAAUGCCUCUACAUUAUUAAAAGUCAUCAAGAAUCCAGUGACUAAUUACUUACCAGCUGGUUGUCAAAAAAUAUUAAUGUCCUUUAGCGCCGAUGGUAUCAAGGAUCCGGAAGAACUUGUUCCUGAUAAUGAACCAAUAGCUUUUGUCAUUGGAGCUAUGGCUCAUGGACAAGUAAAAGCUGAUUAUACAGAAGAAACAGUUUCAAUAAAUAGUUUACCUCUAUCUGGAGCACUGACAUGCACUGAAUUAUGUUUAGCGUUUGAAAAAAAGUGGACUAGAUAAAAGUACUUAUAUUUUUAAAAUAUAUAAAUAAGGAAUAAAAUGAAAUUAUUAUAAAGAAGUUAUUUA